AUGGCAACGAAACCCGAAGCACAGCAGCCAUUGCAGGGCCGACAGGUGUGGACGCCGCCUGAAGGCCCUAAGCGUAUGGACUCAUUCCGCGAGCGCAUUAAUGCUGAGCACGGUGUGGAUCUCAAGAACUACGCAGACCUGCACAAAUGGAGUGUGGACGAGGUAGGCAAGUUUUGGCAGGCCGUAUGGGACGAAAUGGGCGUGGUGGCCAGCGAAAAAGCAUCACACCCGGUUGCGGAAAAUGCGCCCAUGUUCCCCCCAGCGGAGUGGUUCGUUGGUGCGCGCCUGAAUUUUGCCGAGAACAUUCUUCACUUUGGCAAGGACGAGGACGUCGCGGUGAUUGCAUGCACGGAGCGUGAAGAUGACACACAGCGCACGACGUAUGGCGAUUUGCGCAAGCAGGUAGCGCAGGCGGGUCAUGCCUUGCGCAGUCUCGGCAUUAAGCCGGGUGAUACUGUCGCGAGUUACUCGGGCAACACGUGCGAGAACCUAGUCGCGUUCCUUGCUGCCAGCGCCGUAGGUGCUGUGUGGACGAGUGUCCCCCCCGACUUUGGCACGGCUGGGGUUUUGGAACGCUUCACGACCGUGCGUCCGCGCGUGAUUUUUAGUACGAAUCAGGUCUUGUACAAUGGUAAACUGCAUGACCAUAUUGGAAAACUGAAUGCUACGAUCGAAGGCUUGUUAGCUCUGCAGGAUGAGUCGAGUCAUGAUCGCAAGGAAGAUGAGCCGCAGUCCAAGCGCGCGCGUUUUGAGGCGGCGGGGUCCAAAUUGGAGCAUAUCAUUAUUGCGCCUUACAGCGGCACUCAUCCUGACCGCGAUGCGCGUCCCAACGGCGUCGACGGUGCCAACGACAAGCACGGCCUUCAGCGCCACACAUGGUCCGAUUUUCUUCAAAUGGGUGCGAGCGAUGAGCCAUUUGUAUUUGAGCAGCUCGACUUUAACCAACCAUUGUGGAUCCUAUUCUCGUCAGGCACCACGGGCACGCCGAAAGCCAUCACACACCGUGCCGGUGGCAUGUUGCUUCAGCUAGGUAAGGAGCAUCUCCUGCACGGUGGCUUGAGCCGCGAUGACGUGGUGUUCCAGCAUACGACGAUCGGCUGGAUGAUGUGGAACUGGCUUCUGGGUGCCUUGUUGGGUGGCUGCCCGAUUGUGUUGUACGACGGUUCACCCGUGUACCCCACGGGUGUGCUGUGGGAAAUGGCAGCGAGGCUGGGUGUGACAGUGUUUGGCACGUCGGCUGCAUACCUCUCGAUCAUCGAGCGCCGUGCGUUCGUGCCGACGGAGCUGUACGACCAGCUCAAGGUGCGCAUGAUUUUGUCGACGGGCUCUCCGCUGCGGGCGGAGUUGUACCCGUUUGCCGAGAAGCUUGUGGGCCGCCCUGUCAUGGUCGGCAGUAUCACGGGUGGAUCGGAUCUGUGCUCGUUGUUCUCAGCCCACAAUGAGGCCCUGCCUGUGUAUGCCGGCGAAACGCAGUGCCUCGGCUUGGGCAUGGAUGUGGACGUAUUUGAUGCACAGGGCCGAUCCGUGCCGAACAUGGUGGAAGGCGAUUUGGUGUGCAAGACGCCUUUCCCUGCGCAGCCAAUUGGCUUCUGGCACCAGCCGAAUGAGCGGUACCGCGACAGCUACUAUGUCCAGUACCCAGGCGUAUGGUAUCAUGGCGACUUGGUCAUGCGCACCGACCACGGUGGUCUUGUCAUGCUAGGCCGCUCGGACGGUAUUCUGAAUCCGAACGGCAUCCGCUUCGGCAGUGCCGAUAUAUACGAUGUGUUGGAAAGCUCGGAGGCCACAGAUCCCUCAUCGCCACUGUCCCACGUAUCCGAUUCCCUCGUGGUCGGCCUCAAGACGCCUGCCAAAGACGACGAAGUCGUUGUGCUGUUCCUGGUCGUUUCAGACGACGCCGACUGGAGCGCGAUCGAAGCACAGUCUAAGUCUCUUAUCCGCCAGCAGCGCAGUGCGCGACACGUUCCAGCCUACGUCCGCCGUGUCCAGGGCUGCCCCAAGACGCUGAACGGCAAGCGUGUGGAAGUGCCCGUGAAAAAGCUGAUCAACGGUGCCCCCAUCACUACGAUCAACAAGGCCACGCUUCUCAAUCCCGAGGUGCUGGACGAGUACGUGGCCCUAGGCGAGGAACUGCGUGCGUCGCUGGCUGAGAGCCGUGCUGCUGCUUCGCGCUCCUAG